GCCGAGGGCGAGCGAGCAGUGCAGACACAGAGCAGCAGCAGAGAGAGAGUCCUAGUAGUCCUCUAGAUUAAAAAAAAUGGGACCAUCUCCAUCGAAACCUGUUAUCAGGAGAUGGAGGGAAAUCCCACAGACGCAACGAGACAUGCUGGCGUACCUAAGAAGGUAUAGAAUCUGUAACGACAUCACAGAGCUCCGUUUUCUCCUGUAUGGACCAGUAGGAGCAGGAAAGUCCAGCACCAUUAACACCAUCAAAAGCAUUUUUGAAGAACGACAGUUCAUUACUUGCUUAGUCUCUACAGAGACAACCGCCAGUCACACUAUAGACUUCCAGAAAUUCACCGUGGGGAGUGAGAAAUCUGGACGUACACCUAUUGCCUUCUACGAUGUGAUGGGUCUAGAAGAGGGACAAAUACAAGGGGUGCACACUGAUGACAUCAUUAAAGCUUUAAAAGGCAACAUACGAAAUGGCUACAAAUUCCAGCGCACUCCGAUUUCUGAAGACAGUGACUAUUACAACAAAGAUCCAACGCUGAAUGAUAAGAUUCAUUGUCUGGUCAGCGUUCUUCCAGCAGAUAAGAUAAGACUAACGAGUGAUGCCGUCAUUGACAAAAUGAGGAUCGUCAGAAGAGCAGCAAGUGCAUUAGGAAUCCCUCAGAUGGUUUUGCUGACCAGAGUGGACAAGACAUGUGAAAUUGUAAAGGAAAGUGUAAACAAGGUCUACCAAAGCAAGAAGAUCAAGGAAAAAAUGCAGGAGUGCAGUAACAAGCUGGGAGUUCCUAUGAACUGCAUCUUCCCUGUUCAGAACUACUACGAGGAGACUCACCUGAGGCCGGACAUCAACCGCCUAAUGCUGGACACUCUAAUACAGCUGGUUCAUUCAGCUAGUGACUUUGUGGAGAGGCAAACAGAAACUACUGGCAACCAGAAACUCGUAGAAUAAUUAUUCUGAGUUCAGACGUCUGCACUUAGUGUGAACUCACGAGACGAAGCAACGUUUGCAAAGGCAGAUAUUUCCACUGUGCAGCUCUCAGAGGUGCUGGAUGUGCUGGAUCUUCACACUGAAACUACCUGUAGAGCUUUACUCACAUACAGUACUGAGUAAAAACAUCUGGAAAGCUGAGAAAUUUACAUUUACAAAGCUGUUUAUUUACACACAAACACACUAGCAGUAGCACUGAUAUAAACGAAGGCAACAGGAAAAAUGAAGAUUAAUUACAUCGUUAGUAAGUCAUUAACUGCCCAUUAUGUAAAAGCUACUGAUCUCUAAGUAUAAGUCAUUACUUAAUAACUGGUUAUGUACGUUUUUAGUUUAAUUUCUCAUUCAUUUCUACUGUCUGCUGCUUAUUAGUCUGCAAGGCCAAUGCUAAUGAAUGUUUUCUCACACAACAUGAGAACUAAGCAGUACCUAUGUGCUAACACUGGUAAUUACCUGCUGAUGCAUCGUUAUGUUGUCCUGCACUGUGGAGUCUUGUGUGGGUCACGGUCUUUGGGCUUUUCUUUCACGUCCACAUAUUUGGCUACAUCACUGUCCUCACAGCUGUCAUCACAUUUUCACCACUUAUUAGUCCUGACUUCAUACAACCAUUAAUUACUGCUGUAUCCCUCCGAAUGAUCAUCUUCAUCACUACAAAGUAAUUACAUUAUUAAUACAAAUCAGCCUGUAAUCACUUCACUGUGAAUCACUGUAGAGUGUUAAUGUGUGAGUUUGCCUCAUAAAUAGCAGUAAACAUCAUCACUUUACUGAGAGCUACAAAAAGUCAUAGUUAGUAAAAAUAAAUCAGUAGAUUAAUUAACAGAAAAUGAAUUAGCUGUCAUGUUCCUUUAUUAUAUGUAUUAACACUGUAAUAGACAGCAGUUAGUACACAGUUGAUGAUGCUGUGAAUCUUUAAGCACCUCACAAUUCGAUUAGAUUACGAUUCAGAAGCCGUGAUGCGACUGUUAAAUGAUUAUCGGUGCAUCUUUAUUUUUUUUAA